AGCCUGUCUUUUGCCAGCUCACCGUUGUUCUCGUGGGUGGAGCUAUGGCGCACAUCGAGGUAGUCGCCUUUGACAGCUGAAGCUGGCCGAGAGGGGCGGCAGACUGGAGGAUAGCUUGGAAUGGAUAGCCCAAGAAGCCAAGCUGAGGAGUCUGAUUCAGAUGGCCGCCGGAACUGGAACACCGUGUCUCCACGCUUCAUGCGGGGUCUCCAGCUCCCACCUUUGGCUCCUCAAGCUGAAGAUGCAGGGUUGAAGCAUCUUCUCGAGGAGACGCCAAGCAAGUGGUUCUUGGACGACCAGAAGUACUGCCGGAGGGAAGUCCUCGAGGAGAAUGUGAUUGAUGCAGAGAUGUUGAAAAGAAUAAAUUUCUUUCGAAACUUUGGCCCAGUCUUCUUGGAUGAGCUCUUGAACACGCCAGAGAGCAUUCGAAAAGUGCUGGUCAUGCCUGGCACUGUGCUGCUUCGUGAGGGUUCCCCUGGAGACUCCAUGAUGGUCAUCUCGAAAGGUCGGGUGGCGACCUCAGUGAACGGCCGCGUGGUGAAGCACCUGGGUGAAGGCUCUUACUUCGGCGAGCUGGUUUUUCUGGGUGCCACGCUUUUGCGCACGGUCACGGUGACGGCCACCACCUUUUGUGACGUCAGAAUCAUCUACAACAAGAGCUUCCGGCGGAUCGCCGAGAAGUACCCGGAGGUGCAGGCCACUCUGAGCAGAUUUGAUUUGGGAGACACCCGGAUGAACGCGAAGGUGGCUGCCAAGCUGGGGAAAAGCCUGGCUGAAGCCUUGGCUCAAGUCUUCCAGAGCAUCCAUGAAGCCCAGAAGAAUGCCGCCUCCAGAUUGACCUUGACCUCGCCAAGAAAGCUAAAGCCAUUGUCAUCUUGAUGGGAGCGAUCGAGCCUUCCCAAGCUGCGGGGAGAAGAGCUUGGCGGUGGGAGGAAAAUAUCUAAAAUCGGCAUUGUAGGAAUUCACAUCAUCAUUUCAUAUCAGCAUAGUUUUCAUCCUAACAUUUCGUAACAACAUCACAUAAUUUCAUCACAUCAUAUCACCUUUUUCAUUUUCAUCAUAUUUCAUCAUCAACAUCAUC